AUGAGCGAAACAACAACAUCUAACAUUACAGAAGAAGUCAAUGACAAUGCCGAUGAAAACAUUACAGAAGGAGCUAGUGAAAAUAUUGACGAGUUCGUUGAUGAAAUAUCUGACGAAGCUGUUGAAAUAACAGCUUAUGGUAAGCAUUCGUUUGAGUUCUACUACUAUGUUGAGAAUGAGGACGCAUUCUAUUAUUAUACAGGUCUUAACUAUCGAAAACUUCAUAUAAACUUUACAAAAACAGGUGCUGCUUAUGUUUGUAUGAUAGAUACAGAAAACAAGAGAGUAAUCUUAUGCAUAAACAAAUUCAAACGCUUGUACGGCUUCAUGUAG